UCUUGAGCGAUUCCUUUAUCAGUAGGGAAGCUGAUUCGAUAUUUUGAAACUAAAAGUGCAAUGACCGUGGCCGUCUCGGACAUGACGACUUCCUUGACCAGGCGUGUGUAGCGACCUGUCCAUUAUCAGCAUUUGAAACUACUAGAAAAUACAAGGUCUGUAUGUACGUGGCAGCAUCCACAUUUCGUCUACGAACGUGGAGGACAAGCGGACCUUUGAUCCCCGUUACUUCUGACAUUCCUUGGAUCUGGAAAUAAUGACCCGUAAUCUGUUAGACGUGGAGAAACUUCACAAAGCGGAGCCUCUGUUGCGGUUUCUGAAGCCGAACGGGCGGCGAAAUCACCCCAAUGCGUUCAUCACUAACUUCGGGUCUGCCAAGCAGUACCUACACGAUACUGCGACGACUACGUAUCACCCCUGCGGAACCGCGGCUAUGCUACCGCCGAAACAGGGUGGUGUAGUUUAUGAGAAGCUGAGGGUACAUGGAACGACCAAUUUGCGAGUCUGUGACACCAGUAUCCUACCGUUGAUCACUGUAGCCAACAUCAUGAGUACGGUGCAUGCCAUGGCUGAGCGAGCGCAGAUAUCAUUAAGGCGGAUGCGUAAAAGCCACCUGGCCUUUCCCUCGUGGUAGGAUAGAAUAACAUGAUUGAAAGGUUUGCAAGUGAUCGUCUCACAUCAGAGCUAGAGUUGAUCGGGGAGUCUGGGAAACUUGAGCGGAGGUGGGUUCAGGCUAAGAGACACUAAUGCAGGUCUCUUAAC